AACUCUAUUUUUGGAUCAACCAGUACUAUCAGUUCUGUUUUCCUCGAAGAGUUUGGAUCCAUCGCUGUUUGAAGUCUUGUGUCCCUUCUGAUUGUUUCAUAUCCGUUCUUCCUGAAAAUGGAACAUUAUCAAAACCAAUAUGGUGCUGUACCCUACACAGACGAAUAUGGCAACCCAAUGCAUCAUAAUGGUGCCGCUGGCACCUAUACUGGAGCACUAGAGGCUGGCGCCGGCUUUGGGGUUGGACAUCACAAGGAGCACCAUGGAAUUACCGGCAAGCUUCACCGUUCUGGAAGCUUAUCCAGCUCUAGUUCCUCAGAAGAUGAGGGACAUGGUGGGAGAAGGAAGAAAGGGCUGAUGGAGAAGAUAAAAGAGAAGCUUCCAGGCCAUAAAGAAGAUCGAUCGCAGGUGACCUCUACUACUACACCAGGUGGUUACAAUUCCACAGGGGAGCACCAUCAUGGAAAGAGAGGAAUAAUAGACAAGAUUAAGGAAAAGUUUACUGGAGGGCACCAUCAUCACAACGAGCCCCGCCACUCAGAGCACCAGAACUACUAGUUAUUCACUAACAUAUAUAGUUAUAUUAGCUAGUGCUCCUAUAUGUACAAAUGUGCCUUUGUUUACUAUGCAAUAGUUUAAUGGUAAAGGUUCCAUAACGACAAUA